GCUCCUUUAUCACUAUUGAAGGUUAAAGAUCUUCCAGUGGUGAAGGAGUUCCACAUCAUUACAACAGAAAGCCUUGAAAAUCUUCCUAUAAAUAUUCUUGCAAUCCAGUCCCCAUGGCAUCUACCCAUCCAGCCGAGAAGAAUCUGGUGAAGGAUGACAACAGCUCACGGGAAUCUGCAGCAACUUCUGCAAAGAGAGGACAGUGGAACAACAAGACAGAGUUUGUUUUAGCAGUAAUGGGAGGAAUCAUCGGUCUGGGAAAUGUUUGGAGGUUUCCGUAUCUUUGCUUCAAAAACGGAGGAGGAAUUUUCCUGGUGCCUUAUUUUCUGAUGCUGCUUUGCUGUGGAAUCCCCAUCUUUUUCCUUGAAGUUUCUUUGGGACAGUCGACCAGGCAGGGUGGAAUUACAUGUUGGAGGAAGUUGUGUCCUUUAUUUGAAGGUUUAGGCUACAGCAGUGUUAUAAUAAUACUCUACACUUCAACAUAUUACAUCGUCAUAUUGGCAUGGACCUUCUUCUACCUUUUCUCUUCCUUCCAAACUGUCCUGCCCUGGGCAAGCUGCAACAACACCUGGAACACAGGGAGCUGCAUUGAUGGCAGCCACAAUAUAUCAAUCCAUGGUCACACCAACAAAACUACAACCUCAUCAGUCAAUGAGUUCUGGCAAAGAAGAGUUCUUGGUUUGUCUGGAGGCAUUGAUGAGAUGGGCAGUGUGCGCUGGGACCUGGCUGGGUGUCUUUUACUGAGCUGGGUUGUCUGUUACUUUUGUAUCUGGAAGGGAAUCAAGUCAUCCGGAAAGGUCGUCUACUUUACAGCCAGUUUUCCCUACUUGAUGUUGGUUGCCUUGCUGAUUCGAGGUCUAACCCUGCCUGGGGCUGCAGAAGGGGUUUGGUUUUAUCUUUCUCCUGAUGCAGCACGUCUGGCAGAUCCCCAGGUGUGGAUGGAUGCUGGAAGCGAGAUCUUGUUCUCCUAUGCCGUCUGCGUCGGUUUUUUGCCGGCUUUGGGAAGCUACAACAAAUUCAACAACAACUGCUACAGAGACGCCUUCGCUUUGUGCACGCUGAACAGUCUAACCAGUUUUGUUGCUGGUUUUGCUGUCUUCUCUGUCCUUGGCUUCAUGUCACAUGAGCAGGGUGUUGAAAUCUCAGCUGUGGCCGACUCAGGUCCUGGCCUUGCAUUCAUCGCCUAUCCUCGAGCGGUAGCCAUGAUGCCUUUACCUCAGCUAUGGGCUGUUUUCUUCUUUCUCAUGAUCAUCUUUCUGGGUUUGGACAGUCAGUUUGUUUAUCUGGAAGCUCUGGUCACAUCCCUGUCAGACAUGUAUCCAUCCUUCUUUUUCACUGGUCAUCGCCGUAAACUGCUCCUGUUGGCUAUUUGCGUUAUCUGCCUUCUGAUCGGCCUCUUCAUAGUCACAGAGGGAGGACUUUACGUGUUUCUGCUCUUUGACUACUACGCUUGCAGCGGACUGCCAAUGUUGUUUUUUGCCAUUCUGGAAUGCAGUUGUGUCGGAUGGAUAGUUGGUGCUGAUCGUUAUUAUGGUAAAAUUUCAGAGAUGAUUGGCUAUCAGCCUUCGUCUUACAUGAAAUAUUGCUGGAGGUUCGUCACACCAUUCAUCUGUGCUGGAAUAUUGAUCUUCUCCGUGGUGAAGUUCAGACCUCUGACUUACAACAAAACAUAUGAAUAUCCUCCAUGGGGUUAUGCCAUUGGCAUAUUUCUCGCUCUUUCUUCAGCCGCUUUUACUCCUCUCUAUGGUUUGUAUCGUGUGGCCAUAACUCCUGGGACGAUAAAACAGAGAUUGAAAACGUUGUGCUCCCCAGCAGCUGGGUUUCUGAGUCCAACCGCUGAACAGAACCACCAGCCUGAAACGACUCCUCUAAAGGAUCUAAGCAAGUCCGAAAAUCCUUGAUGUUCCAGCUUAAAGGUUUAUACUCAGGCUUCUAUGGAGUGAAUUUUGUUCCAUUAUUUUUGCAAGCAAAGAAAACGUUUUGUAAAUGGAACAGUGAAAAAAAUGUAAUCGACAAAUUAAACUGAAGAACUGCUUAAGCCCAAACACUGUAUGAUUUUUACAAUCGUUGCACGCAGCUGCAGC